AUGAAGAACAUCUUCUGUUUCGGGGGAGACAAGGGCCGGCCGCCCUCCGGCCCCUGCGGCAGCCAUGGCAAGACCGGGGUGGGCCCGGAAGGAGAGGCUGGUGACAGCGCCUUCCUACAGCCAUGGUACCACAGCCGGAAAAGAGAUCUGGACAAAAUUCACCAAGCUGCCUGCGCUGGUGACGUGGCGAAAGUAGAGCAGAUCCUGUCGCUGAAGAGAAAGGUCUUGGAUGGCAGAGACAGAAAGAAGAGGACUGCUCUCCAUUUGGCCUGUGCCAAUGGCCAUCCAGAAGUAGUUACUAUCUUGGUGGACAGAAAAUGCAAGCUCAAUGUCCCCGACAGUGAAAAAAGGACAGCUCUGAUAAAGGCCGUACAAUGCCAGGAAGAGGAGUGUGCCACCAUUCUGUUAGAACAUGGUGCCGAUCCGAAUCACAGUGACAUCUAUGGCAACACAGCUCUUCACUAUGCUGUCUAUCACGAGAACACAUCGAUCACAGGAAAACUCCUUUCACGAGGCGCAAAUAUAGAAGCCGUAAACAAGACUAUUGAUGUUAGAUCAGCCCUCACACUUGCUGCACAUCGUAAAUCACCAAAUAUAGUCACUCUUCUUCUUGAGCAAGAUACUCAUGUUUUUUCUGAAGAUAUCUUUGGAUGGGCUGCAAAAGAUUAUCCCACUGCUAGUGGUUUAAAUAUUGAUGAUGAUGCAUUACUUCAAGAAAGAAAAAAUGGAAAAACUGACAGUCAGCAAUUUCCUAGGAUGAAGAAGGAAGUCUGUGAUAGAAGUAUCUUAAAAGAAGAAGGAGAGAAGAGAAGAAAUGCUGACAUGUUAUAUGAAAACACUCGGGAGGAGUUAAGAAGAAAAGAAGAGGAAUACAGGAAAGAAGUUGAAGUGAAACAACAACUUGAACAGUCAUUGAAGUCACUGAAUACAGAAAUGAGCAUAUUAAGAAAUUAUUUGUCUGAGAUUUCACAGAGUUAUAAAAAAGAACAAGCUCUGAUACAUAAAAAUGGUAUGUUGCAUGAAGAAAUAGCCAUGCUAAAGAUGGAAAUUGCCACAAUAAAAUAUCAGAAUGAGGAAAAAGAAAAGAAAUAUAUGAAUGACAUUAAAAUUGUGGAAGCAGUGAAUGAGAACCUUCAAAUGACCAUAGAACAGAAUGUGGAAAAAUUAACAGACACAGUAUCUCAGUACAGUGACCAGCUUAAUACUCUGGCAUCUGAGAAUGCCUUGCUAAUUGCUAAACUGGAAAAUGAAAAAUGGGACAAGGAAAGCCUGCGAGCAGAACUUGAAUCAUGCUUUUCUAGACUGACUGCUGCAAUACCUGAUCUUGAUCAAAGUGAGAUGUUAAGAAGAGACGUCAAAAUGUCUUUGCAGAGAGCAAAACACAAGUGCUUUUGCUUACCGAAUGAAAUAACUGUGUGUGUGUCUGAUCUCAUAGAAAACCGGGAGAUUGUUGGUCAAAAAUGUUCUAAGGCUGAAAGUAAAAUCAAUAGCCUGGAAAGUGAGUUCCAUCACACAAGAAAUGUUCUGGGAGAGAAGACUCUGGCUUUAGAAUGUGUCCAAAGUGACCUAUACCGAACAGAAUGUCAAAUGAAAAAGAUGAAAGAAAUGUAUGAAAAUGAACAAUAUCAAGUGAUGAAAUACACUGGACAACAGGAAUAUCUAGAGGAGAGAAUAUCUGAACUAGAAAGAGAAAAUAUGUUGCUUCAACAGCAACUGGCUUGUGCUCACAGCAUAGCAGAGGAUAAAGAGGAGACACUAAUGAAUAUGCGAGAGCAAUUCCAAGAUACUGUGGAAAAACUUCUAGCUGAGAAUGGAAAGCAAAAUCUUCUGCUAGAAGACAGAAUUAAGCAAUUAAUCAGUGAAUGCAAUCAGUUAAAAGAAAGACUAUAUCAAAAUGAAAAAGGGAAACCAGAAGAAGUAAGUAUCAAGAAAGAUAAAUAUUUUUCAAUGUUCCUGAAAGAAAAUUUAAAGUAA